CCCUGGGAAACACUUCACUAUAAAGCUGCAGCUGUAUGUGGCUGGGAUGGUCGGCAAAGCGGAAAAGACUGGUGUUGGAGCAAAAAUUGGCACAAUGGAGUUUUGCAUAUUAGCACUGUUGACACUUUUCUCCUCGUUUUACAACGGGUUGGCGUUGUCACCUAAAGGCGUUUGUCUUCUUCAAGUGGACGAGGGACCUUGCAGGGCACAAAUUGAGCGCUACCACUACAACACUAUUACCCAAAAGUGCGAGAUUUUCUACUAUGGUGGGUGCCAAGGGAAUGCCAAUAACUUCAAGAGUUAUCACGAGUGCCAGAAAACAUGUUUCAGAAUCCCAAAGGUUCCUCAAAUCUGCAGGUUUCCUAAAGAGGAGGGACCCUGCCGGGCCCUCUUUCGCCGCUACUUCUUCAACAUGACCACCAUGCAGUGUGAGCUCUUUCAUUACGGUGGCUGCCAGGGCAAUUCUAAUCGCUUCCAAGACCUCACCUCUUGUAAGGAGUACUGCAGUCCACAAAAAACUGUUCCUGUGCUCUGCCUGGAUCCUCUGGACAAAGGGAGGUGUUCAGCCUCCAUUCCUCGGUAUUACUACAACACAGCCACCAAGAUGUGCGAGGAGUUCAUCUACUCAGGCUGCGGAGGGAGCAGCAACAACUUUGUCUCGAAGCACAACUGCAUGGACGUGUGUGCUAAAGGAGGGAAAAAACACACAAGCCAUGGAAAAGGUCGUCGCAUGAGACAGAAUAGAAAUAAUCGCAUCACUUUCUUGCAGGCGUAGACGUCUGGCACUCAGGGAUUCUCACUUGGACAAGCCCUAAAUGGAAACUAACAUUUAAUAAACUGACUGUUAUGUCAAAAUUCUGA